UUUGUUGACUUUUGAAAGUUGGCCGGUUUAGUUCAAAUUGUGCGAUUUUGGAGAAUGGAGCUGAAAAAGGAGGAAUUACUGAUCCUGUUCGACGUAGACGGAACUCUCACGCAACCACGGGCCGCUAUCGAGCCGGAAAUGAAGGAGUUCCUGUACCGGGAUGUGCUACCGCGGGCUACUCUCGGUGUGGUCGGUGGUUCGGAUUUGGACAAAAUGUGUGAACAGCUGAACGGGCAGGAGUUCCUGACUAAGUUCGAUUACGUGUUCCCCGAGAAUGGAUUGGUGCAGUACGAGGCGGGCCGAGAGGUGGGCAAAGUGUCCAUUACCCAGCAACUCGGCGAGGAACCGUUGAAGCGCUUCAUCAACUUCUGCCUGCACUACAUCGCCGAUCUGGAGAUCCCGAUUAAACGGGGAACCUUCAUCGAGUUCCGCAACGGAAUGCUGAACGUGAGUCCGAUCGGGCGCAACUGUUCGACGGAGGAACGGCAGGAGUUCUUCGCCUACGAUGCGGUCCAUAACGUGCGGCAGCAGAUGAUCGAUCGGUUGAGGGGCGAGUUCAGCGAGCUGGACCUCACCUACAGCAUCGGAGGCCAGAUUAGCUUCGAUGUGUUCCCACGGGGCUGGGACAAAACGUACUGCUUGCGUCACGUGGCCAAGCGAAAGCCGGAAUUCCGAGAGAUUCACUUCUUCGGCGACAAAACCGACCCGGGUGGUAACGACCACGAGAUCUACAGCCAUCCGCAGGUGAUCGGCCACCGGGUAACGUCACCGAGCGAUACGAGAGCCCAGCUGGUGGAACUGUUGCGACUGUGAUCCGGAGCGGACGGU